GCCCAGAUCUGCUGGUCUGAUUGGUCUGAACGCCCCACCCGGUGGGCCUGAGAUAACGGGACUCUUCAGAUAAGAAGCAACGUAAAACACCAUGACGCACAUCUGAAAAAGUGUAUUCACAUUCACUGCAGGUCAGGAGAACCGACGGGUCAUUCAAAGAAGAGGCACAAACAAAGCCGAACCAAUUCCAUGGAAGAAAGAAAGUCGGUAGGACUUUGAAUAUGUAUUUUAUUGGCAAGAAAGAAGAUCUCAUUCAGGCAAAGAGAACAAGUGUGACCCUGGACGGAAGAGAUAUACUCAUUGUAUACCAUCAGAGAGUUUUCUAUGCAAUGGACCUGCAAUGUUACCAUGCUGGCAGUACUUUGUUGAAUGGAGAUAUUGAGGAAAUCAGCAACAAGCUCUGCCUUAUAUGUCCAAAGCACAAGUAUAAGAUCACUCUGGCGGAAGGUGAGGGGUUGUACAGGGCCAGCAACCCCACAGAAAAAGUCCCUACCCGGCGGUGGUAUUCCAAAGGCGUCAAACAGAGAGUGCACAAAGUGACUGAAGUGGACGAAGACAUUUUUGUGACGUUGUCCGAUUGCCCGGGGUGGAUUGAGUCCGACUAUUAUCAGACUGAGAAAGGGAGGGAAGAACUUAGAAAAGCACAGGAGUUGGAUAGCGAACCAGAUCCUGAUGCGGAUGAAGUUUAGUUUAGGCAGGAUUUGUGAGAUCAUAAGGGAACUGCUUCUAUAGGAAUGAUGACUUCGGAGUCAUGAUGUCGUGAAUCAAAAUAAUACGAUGCUUCCAUUUUUUGUAAGUAUCAAGAUUCUACGCACACUUAGUGCAAUGAGUCAUUGUAAUGCUAAUCAUUUUUGUACACACAUUUUCGGCCUGAAAAUUCAGGCUGAAAAUAAAUGCAUAUCCGACAUUGGACUGUGCCCAUAUACACAUAUAACAUUUGUUUCGUUUUUGUGUCUCCUUUGUAAUAUGAUAAAAAGGCAUUCAAAACAAUUUUAGAGAUACAUCAACAAUAUGCUUCUUUGAUAUUAUAUUAUACAUUUUGAUGCUGUCAACAUUUUUUCUGACCAAAGUAUUUCAAAGGUGAGAAUUAUACAUUAAAGCACAGAUUUUAAAGAUCGA